UUUGUCCCAACCGUCAGAAAAAUUGGCGAACUCCUGGAUGAGCAGUCUACUCCGUGCACGUCAUGCCACGCGGGGUCAGCACCUUACUCUGAAUCGGGCGGUCGCCCAGACAUGCUCGUCAGCUCGAAGAAAUAGGACGAUAUCAUCAUGGUCCUGGAAGUCGAUUCAAGAGCCAGAACCACCACGAGCUAGCCUGGCAUCGCGCAUUUGGUUUGUUUUUGGAACGGCUUGCGCGGCCGGCACCGUGCCGUUGUGGUUCAGUAAACUGAGAGACCCAACAAGCCAGCGCGGGCCGGAACCAGGAGGCACGACCCAUGGAGCCCUGACUAGCACCGAAGAGAAAGUAGAAGAUGCGUCCACUGCGGAGGGCGCCGCCCCAAAGGAUGACUGGCGAGGGCUUUCAUUCCUACAGUUCUCCGUGCCCGUGCAUGCCAUCUCGAACUCGAUGUCCACCUGGAAAUGGCCAACUUCGUUUCCUAUGCCCCCUGACAUCCCGUGGCCGACAUCAUUCUCGGUAUCCGACCUACAGCAGCGUCUCUCCGCACUCAUACUAGAACUCGGCCUCGGACCUGGGUCUCUAUACGAUCAGAUCGUAAAUGCACCCGUCGACCCGGCCGUUCACCCCGAGUGCGACUGGGACGCAGAGGUUCGCCUCGGUGAGGACCUGUGUCUAGCCGAACGCGUGUUCUUGAGCGAGCGGAAACGACGCAUGAAAGCCUCAUUCGCCGAGCUCAUGGGUGUUCCUGACAGCGAGGUUGAUGAGCGGGACCUGCCUAUAGUUGCUAUCGCCGGUUCGGGAGGAGGCUAUCGGGCGAUGCUCAACACCCUGGGAUCGCUUUCGGCGGCGAAAAGCCUUGGUGUGCUAGACUGCGUAUCAUACACCGCUGGCGUGUCUGGGAGUUGCUGGGCAUUGGGAAUACUGUACUCGGGCGUGGCGGGUUCCAACCAGCCCGAGGACGCUGCUGCGCACGCCAAGGAUCGCAUACAGCUCAGCUACCUGGAUAUGGACACGCUAGAUGCGCUAGUGACCCCUCCCACGAACAAGUACCUCCUUGCUGGCAUCCUCCGCAAAGCAGCGGGUCCCACGGGCACAGCGUCACUUGUGGACCUCUAUGGCACGCUGCUUUCUUCGCGGCUGUACAUCCCCACGGACGUCACGAAGCUCGACCCACGACACCUCUCUCUGCACCUCUAUCGCAGGAACCUAGACAACGGCGCCCUGCCGCUCCCUAUUUUCAGCGCUAUCCAACACGUCACCCAACUGGAGAAGGCGGAGGACAUCAAGGAAGUCGCCGACGAGAAGGCGCUGUCGAUCCGCAAUCAGCGCUCGUGGUCAUUAGACAGCGAACAGGCGCGGCUCGAGCAGGACAUUCGGUGGCUGUGGUAUGAAUUCACACCGUACGAGGUUGGGUGCGAUGAGAUUGGCGCCUGGAUUCCUUCCUGGGCCCUUGGCAGGCGCUUCAUGAACGGCAAGAACACUGAGCGCAGACCCGAGCUGAGCUUUACGAUACUUGCUGGCGUCUUCGGAUCUGCCUUCUGCGCAUCGCUCAAGCACUACUUCCGCGAGAUCGAGCCCGUGCUUCAGCUCUUCCCGGCACAGUUGUACAACUGGCUCGAGGAGAUCGUCACUGAGAACGAGGGGGACCUGGGUCUCAUUCAUCCCGUGCUGCCAGACCAGCUUCCGAACUUCGUGAGGGGUCUUGAAGGGCAGCUGCGCUACGGCAGCCCGCCCGACAUCACCGAACAUGAAACACUAGGCUUCAUGAAUGCUGCAGCGGAGCUGAAUCUUCCUUACUAUCCCCUUCUCCGAAGAAACGUAGACUGUGUCAUCGCUCUGGACGCAAGCGCAGACUCCCAGGAUCUGUGGUUCACUCGAGCGGAAGAACUCGCCGCGAAACGCGGUCUCCACACCUGGCCGCGCGGCGCAACAUGGCCUACCCGCGUGCACCCAGGCGACGAGGGCGCAGCGGAGACGUCGCGUGUCCCUGACUACGAGGCGUCCUCCCCAGACUCCGCCAACGCCAAGCUCGCCCAAACGCAGGAGUCCGCGCUCGCCAAGCAGACAGACAAGCAGGGCUCCACUGACAAACGCGAGAUGCCAAAUGACGAGCCAAGGCCUCCCUCGAAGUCCACGCUGAACACGUGCGAGGUGUGGAUCGGGUCGUCGAAGUCCACAGACGAGGCGUCCGCGCGCCUGGACGAGCUCGACGAAGCCGCGCUUCUGAAGCGCGACGGCAUCGCCGUCGUCUACAUCCCGCUCAUGCCAAACGACAGUCGUGUCCCCGGCUUCGACCCGUUCUCUGUCUCGACGUGGCGCCGCGAGGUCGCCGCGGAGGAGAGCCAGAACCUCCUCGACGUCGCAGAGGCGAACUUCUCGGACUCGCGCGAGAAGAUCGUGCGCCUGUUGCGCGCGGUGUGGAUGCGGAAGAAGAUGGAGCGGCAGCAGCACGAGUGGCGGGCGCGUUUAGACCAUCUGCGCGAACAGUUCAAGCACCAGUGACACGUCGGUUCAGCUCGAGUGAGAUGGACGGUGAACGAAUAUAAUACCAGGAUAUGCGCAACGAUAUACGACAGAUUUAGGUACAUAUACUACAGCAAUAGGGCUUCCAGACAAUACUAUACAGA